AUGUCGUCUCAAGUCACUCCAGAAGUCCUAUGGGCUCAACGCUCCUCGGCCUCAGAGCCUGAGAAGAACUACAUCUACCUGACGAUCAACGUACCGGAUGUGCCUCCCAGCAACCUGAAGCUUGACCUCAAGCCGACGGGCUUGACAUUUACCGGCACGUCAGACACCAAGAAGACCACUUACCACCUCGACAUGGCAUUCUACGACGAGAUCGACGUCGACAAUUCCAAGACGCACCACACCCCGGCCAACAUCCAGAUGGUGCUGAGAAAGAAAGAGCUCAAGGAGGAAUACUGGCCACGGCUACUCAAGGACUCUGCCAAGGUCCACUGGCUGCGGACAGACUUUGACAAGUGGGUGGAUGAGGACGAACAAAACGAAGCUCCUGAAGACGACUACCUGAACCAGUUCGGAGGAGGCGCCGGCCUGGGCGAAGAUGGCGGCUUCGGCGGCAUUGACUUCUCCAAGCUCGGCGGCGGUGCCGGUGCCGGGUUGGAAGGGCUGGGCGGAGAUGGCGGUGAUUUUGAAGGUGAAGAUGAAGGCGCUGAAGAGGGCGACGAUGACAUGCCUGAUCUGGAAGAUGAUAAGGAGGAGGGCGCAGAAGAAGGCAAGGGCAAGGGCAAGGACAGCGAUGCUGCCUAG